CUUGGAGAUGUCACAGACUGAGGUCUCGAGAACACAGCUGCCUUUUCACAGACUUUCAUUGUCAUGCCCCAGGCUGCCUCCAGCACAAAGCCGGGUUUGCUAAAAUGCAAAACCACAACUCAUAAUCUAGUCCGAAUGGCUGCCAGUUAUCGUGGUUUGACUUUGCUGCUCUGGCUUCUGGUUCUCAACGUCUCGGUUGCCAGAUCAUCAGAGACACCAUUCAAGGUAACCGAGGGCAGCACCGUGAUUCUGUCCUGUCAGUACUCUGUGAAGCAGAAUGGCAUGAGCCACGUCUGCUGGGGUCGAGACUGUGGAACCUUCUGGUGCAAUGACAUCAUUGUUCAGACAGACGAAAGUGGGGUCAUCUCUAAGGUCUCUGACAGGUACAGACUCAUCGGAGAUGUUCUCUCCGGGCAAAUGGACCUGGGGAUCCAGCGGAUACGACGGUCAGACGGCGGGCCUUACUGCUGCAGGAUAAAUAUAGAUGGCCUUUUCAAUGACAAGAAGGUGACCUACACUUUAAAGGUUAUGAAAGCUGCGGUGACAACAGCACCGACAACUACUACACUUCAUACUACGCAACCGCUGCAAACUCAGACGGUGUCUAAUCACUCAGAUCAGACCAGCAAUGCAGAGUCAUCAGCUUUUGACAUUUCUGGACAAAACCUCACCCUGUCUGAUGAAGCGAUAACAAGCAUAACGCUGCAGAUCAACAUCCCCGUGCUGUCUCUGUCUCUCAGUCUGCUCUUGCUUUUGGUGGGGGCCUUGGCCCUGCUGGCCUUCAAACGUGGGUUUCAUACAAAGGUCAUUGAUAGUGGAUGUCUGUCAAAAGAGCCGAGGCACAUCGUUUACGAAAUACGGACCAGAAGACCAGUGGAGGAGAAUAUUUAUAUCCUGGAAUAAUUUUUCCAGGGCAUACACACACACACACACACACACACACAAAGAUGUUGUAUGUUUGUCUGUUUAUAUAUGUAAAGUAUGUUUAACUGUACAUGUCUGAAAAGAAUGAAAUCUUAUCAAGUGGACACAUUUGAAAUACACUGACCAGGCAUAACCUUAUGACCACCUGGUUAAUAUUGUGUUGGUCCCCCUUUAGCUGCCAAAACAGCCCAGCAUUAACUUCUUCAGCAAUUUGAGCAACAGUAGCUCGUCUGUUGGAUCGGAUCACACGGGCCAGCCUUCUAAUCGCUCCCUACGUCCAUCAAUGAGCCUCGGCCGCCCAUGACCCUGUCGCCGGUUCACCACUGUUCCUUCCUUGGACCACUUUUGAUAGAUACUGACCACUGCAGACCGGGAACACCCCACAAGAGCUGCAGUUUUGGAGAUGCUCUGAUCCAGUGGUCUAGCCAUCACAAUUUGGCCCUUCGUCAAACUCUCCCAAACCUUACUCUUGUCCAUUUUUCCUGCUUUUAACAUCAACUUUGAGGACAAAAUGUUGACUUGCUGCCUAAUAUAUCCCACCCACUAACAGGUGCCUUGAUGAGGAGAUCAUCAGUCUUAUUCACGUCACCUGGCAGUGGUUGUAAUGUUAUGCCUGAUAAUUGUAUAAGAACAUUUAAGUAUAAUAAAUAAAUAUCAGGAUUCAUUAUGAGUAAGUUACGAGAAAUGUAAGAUUAUUAGCCCUAUUUCAAGACACAUUUACUAAUUUUAAUUCCUCUUUUUCUCUUGGAAGGUCGUUUUACAUACAUUAUUUCAUGUAUUUAUUUCUGAAAAGGAGUAAAAUGAUGUGUCUGUGCUCUGACUCAUGGAUGAAAUCGCUUGGCUUUUAAACAACAAAAAGUGUAAAGCCUUCUUCCCCAAACAGAAUAAACAUUAGGAGUUGUGCUACAUUGGGCUGCAUUUGUUUGGACAAAAAAUCAAAGAUGAAAAUUGACUCUAUCAUUAACAAAAAAACAAGUAACUUACAUUAUACAUAAUUGUAUAUUUUUUAUUUCCUCAACACAAUGCUUCCUUCUUACUGAUGUUUAAUGUCCUGUGAUGGCUUGCCUUCUUGCUCACUGCAUAGCGUCAUCACUAUGGCACUGUAGGACUUACAUAACACUCUACACGUACUGUAUAUAAUGUGUUUGCAUUCAGUAUUUGUCUGGCUGUUUCAUUCUUAUGUAUGAAACAUUUUUGCUGAAGUUUAGUCUGUCCAUUUGUGAUACUUUAUAAGUCAGUGAAUGUGUGACAGUAGAGCAUCAGCGUGAAGUUGACUUCAGAUGGCUGUUAUUUCAGGUCAUUGUGUUUCAAUUUCCAACAUAAAUUCAUUUUUUUAAAGCAGCUUAGAUCAUAGUCCUUGUUUUUCUCCUGUAGGAGCUAAAUCAAAAAUGAUGCUAGCGUUGAAAUCCUAGCAGACAAAGAGAUAAAACUAAAUGAAAACAAUAUCAUUAUUUCAUAUUUAGCAGCUUUUUCAUUUUUCCUCCCCAAAAGGGAGCUCAGUCCUGCUGUAGCGGUUUCUGCUGGCCAAUGGUCAUAAACUAUACUUCUCCAAAACUCAAACACUUUCACUUGUGUUCUGACGACCGCUAUGACGAAGCUGACAAGCAUCAUUUUAGAUGGCUCUUAUAUCAGCAAAUUGCCUCUAAAUGACUACACUGUAGAUUCUGGCCCCUCUGCAAUAGAUCUACUUAUUUAUAUAAAUAUCUAAUCUGUGUAAUAAUGUUAAUAUUAUGUUACAUAUACAUUUCUGGCAUUUGGCAGAUGCCCGUAUCCAGAGUGACUUAUAAUUUAUCUCUUGCUCAGGGGCCCAGCGGGUUGGGGCAGAUUGGUAGUCCUAGGAUUCAAACCUACAACCUUCCUAUCAGUAGUCCAACACCUUAACCACUAAACAACCACAUAUUAUAUUACAUGUGAUUCUGUAGAUUAAAUUUGAUAUACAUAAAUACAUACACUAUAUUGCCAAAAGUAUUCACUCACCCAUCCCAAUAAUCAGAAUCAGGUGUUCCAAUCACUUCCAUGGCCACAGGUGUAUAAAAUCAAGCACCUAGGCAUGCAGACUGUUUUUACAAACAUUUGUGAAAGAAUGGGUCGCUCUCAGGAGCUCAGUGAAUUCCAGCGUGGAACUGUGAUAGGAUGCCACCUGUGCAACAAAUCCAGUCGUGAAAUUUCCUCGCUCCUAAAUAUUCCACAGUCAACUGUCAGCUGUAUUAUAAGAACGUGGAAGUGUUUGGGAACGACAGCAACUCAGCCACGAAGUGGUAGGCCACGUAAACUGACGGAGCGGGGUCAGCGGAUGCUGAGGCGCAUAGUGCGAAGAGGUCGCCAACUUUCUGCAGAGUCAAUCGCUACAGACCUCCAAACUUCAUGUGGCCUUCAGAUUAGCUCAAGAACAGUGCGCAGAGAGCUUCAUGGAAUGGGUUUCCAUGGCCGAGCAGCUGCAUCCAAGCCAUACAUCACCAAGUGCAAUGCAAAGCGUCGGAUGCAGUGGUGUAAAGCACGCCGCCACUGGACUCUAGAGCAGUGGAGACGCGUUCUCUGGAGUGACGAAUCGCGCUUCUCCAUCUGGCAAUCUGAUGGACGAGUCUGGGUUUGGCGGUUGCCAGGAGAACGGUACUUGUCUGACUGCAUUGUGCCAAGUGUAAAGUUUGGUGGAGGGGGAUUAUGGUGUGGGGUUGUUUUUCAGGAGCUGGGCUUGGCCCCUUAGUUCCAGUGAAAGGAACUCUGAAUGCUUCAGCAUACCAAGACAUUUUGGACAAUUCCAUGCUCCCAACUUUGUGGGAACAGUUUGGAGCUGGCCCCUUCCUCUUCCAACAUGACUGUGCACCAGUGACCAAAGCAUGGUCCAUAAAGACAUGGAUGACAGAGUCUGGUGUGGAUGAACUUGACUGGCCUGCACAGAGUCCUGACCUCAACCUGAUAGAACACCUUUGGGAUGAAUUAGAGCGGAGACUGAGAGCCAGGCCUUCUCGUCCAACAUCAGUGUGUGACCUCACAAAUGCGCUUCUGGAAGAAUGGUCAAAAAUUCCCAUAAACACACUCCUAAACCUUGUGGACAGCCUUCCCAGAAGAGUUGAAGCUGUUAUAGCUGCAAAGGGUGGACCGACGUCAUAUUGAACCCUAUGGAUUAGGAAUGGGAUGUCACUUAAGUUCAUAUGCAAGUCAAGGCAGGUGAGCGAAUACUUUUGGCAAUAUAGUGUAUCUACAGGUCUCUCUCUCUCUCUCUCUACUGUAGUACAAUUACUACAGAAAUCAGAGCAGAGCCAGAUGUUAGAGCGCCCUCUACUGAGUAAACGUUGAAAUAGAAAAAGACACAAGUAGUAAAGGUGAAGUGAAUAAGACUGAUGAUCUCCUCAUCAUGGCACCUGUUAGUGGGUGGGAUAUAUUAGGCAGCAAGUCAACAUUUUGUCCUCAAAGUUGAUGUUAGAAGCAGGAAAAAUGGACAAGUGUAAGGAUUUGAGUGAGUUUGAUGAAGGGCCAAAUUGUGAUGGCUAGACCACUGGAUCAGAGCAUCUCCAAAACUGCAGCUCUUGUGGGGUGUUCCCGGUCUGCAGUGGUCAGUAUCUAUCAAAAGUGGUCCAAGGAAGGAACAGUGGUGAACCGGUGACAGGGUCAUGGGCGGCCGAGGCUCAUUGAUGCACGUGGGGAGAGAAGGCUGGCCCGUGUGAUCCGAUCCAACAGACGAGCUACUGUUGCUCAAACUGCUGAAGAAGUUAAUGCUGGUUCUGAUAGAAAGGGGUCAGAAUACACAGUGCAGGACGGGCAGCAAAAGGGGGACCAACACAAUAUUAGGCAGGUGGUCAUAAUGUUAUGCCUGAUCGGUGUGUGUCUGCUGUUAAAAACUAAAUUAUUGUGCUGUAAUUGUUACAUUUAGGUCAUACAGAACAGAUAAUGUGUUUUAACAGACAGAAAUACAGAUCUAUAUAUGAUAGAAAUACUAUAUAUAUCUAUAGAAAUACUAUCUAUCUAUCUAUCUAUCUAUCUAUCUAUCUAUCUAUCUAUCUAUCUAUCUAUCGAUCGUCCUUUAAGAUUUAUGUAUGUAUUUAAUCAAAGAUUAAGCCAGGAAAAGACCAAGAUACAGGACCCUACACAAGAUACAGGAUAAGUCACAUUAUAUUCUGCCCUAGUAAGUUUGCGAUUGGAAAAUGUAGGCCUACAUUAAAGUCACACUGAUGUGGAAAAUGAAUGAAUGAAUGAAUGAAUGAAUGAAUGAAUAAACGCCAUGAGUCAGUAACACAUGCGCAUGCGUGAUCGAUCCAUUUCAGAGGUCUUUAGUCUUGUUGCGUCCUCAGAACUGCUCUGAUGUAUAUUUGUGUAUAUUAUUAAAAUAUAACUGCAAACGGUUGAUCUCAAGCCCCUAUGGAGUGCUAAUUACUUAAAUUUCUUCUGUAUAAUAUAUUUUUAAUUAUACAGCAUUGUGCAGCACAUUAGCCUAAAAUUAAUGGUUUCAUACAAAAAUAAAGGAAAGUGUAGCUUUCAGUAGAAAACAGGAUGUGUGGAGAUUUAGACACACUGCAGUAUAAUUACUUACUGCUUUAUUUCAGGUAUGCUGGGAUCAGAGAAAUCAGAGCAGAGCCAGUUUUGGGCAACACUGGUCUAUAAUACUAUAUGUUCUGUAUUAGAAAUGCAUUAAAAAGGACUUUGUUGGUGUUAGUGGACUUGUCCUACAGCGCCCUCUACUGGGUAAACGAUGAAAUAGAAAAAGAGACCAGCACUACUGAUUAGUUUGAAGCGUACCUUUAAAGUCUGCUGUUAAAAACUAAAUUAUUGUGCUGUAUAUGUUACAUUCAGUUCAGAAAGAGCAGAUAAUGAGUUUUAACAGACAUAAAUAAAAAUUAAAUAAAUAGUAGGAGCAACCUUUUUGUCAUCUGUUCACUUCUUUAUUCAUUUUUGGAGCAUCUGGUUUAGACUAGAUGUCCUUGGA